AUGGAUGGAACACAUGAAACAACAUUCAGCCAACAUCAUGUCUACUACACAUGUUCCAAGUUCCGAGUACCUCUAACUCACAUGGACUUAUGGUACAAGAACAACAACACGAUAAUGGGCUUCAGUGCAGAAUUUAAUGAUGAUGACGAUCAUGACGACAACGGCGACGACGACACGACAAUAGUGGUGGUGAUGAUGCCUUUGGCCAUGAUCUCCAUCACAAUGGUUGUGGUGGUAUGGAAUACAUUUAACCGCCGUGGCAAACAUGAAAUACCCAAACAUUUACAAAAAAUACCAACCGAUAAGGAUCCAAAUUUUGCUCACAUGGUUGAAUAUUAUUAUCAUGCUGCUGCGAAGCUAAUGGAACCGUCGCUCAUUAAGGAGUUGACUCAAAAAUAUCCAAAAUUGGAUGCAAAAAGCGUAGAGGCUCGAGUUAGUGGCCUAUUGCGAUUUAUGGGUUGUGUAACGACAUGCAUUGAGGUGAAUUUCCCCUUGCUGAAAAAUAAUUCAGAAAUUGAAAUUAUAACCGGUUAUAGGGCGCAUCAUAUGAAACAACGGCUGCCGGUAAAGGGAGGUAUACGCUUUGGCAUGGAUGUGGAAGAGGAUGAGGUUAAGGGUUUGGCCUAUUUAAUGACCUUCAAGUGUGCCUGUGUCAAUUUACCCUUUGGUGGGGCCAAGGGAGGUAUACGCAUAGAUCCCAGUAAAUAUACUGCCAAGGAGUUACAAAUCAUUACACGGCGUUAUACCAUGGAAUUGUUAAGGCGGAAUAUGAUUGGUCCAGGUAUUGACGUUCCAGCACCGGAUGUCAAUACGGGCGAGAGAGAAAUGAAUUGGAUUUGCGAUCAAUAUUUGAAGACAUUCGGUCACAAGGAUAUCAAUGCCCUGGCCAUAGUCACAGGAAAACCUGUUCAUAUUGGCGGCAUCAAUGGACGUACCUCCGCCACAGGACGAGGCGUUUGGAAGGCUGGGGAUGUUUUCCUGCAAGACAAAGAUUGGAUGGAUUUUUUGAAAAUGAAAACUGGUUGGGAGGGUAAAACUGUUAUAGUCCAAGGUUUUGGUAAUGUGGGUUCGUACGCCGCCAAAUUUGUGGUAGAUGCUGGGGCCAAAUUAAUUGGAGUGCAGGAAAAAGAUGUAUCCUUGAUGAAUCCUGAAGGUAUUAAUCCAGAGGACCUCAUAUCUCAUAUGAACGAAAAGAAAACCCUCAAAGGCUAUUCGAAGGCCACAGAAAAGCAAGGUUCCCUCCUCACCGAGAAAUGUGACAUUUUAAUGCCUUGUGCAACACAAAAAGUACUUAAUUCCGAAAAUGCCAACGCAGUUCAAGCAAAAAUAAUACUCGAAGGUGCCAAUGGGCCUGUUACCCCAGCUGCUGAUGAGAUCUUACGCAAAAAAGGCAUUCUCAUGAUACCCGACAUGUAUUGUAAUGCUGGUGGAGCAACGGUGUCGUAUUUUGAAUUUUUAAAAAAUAUCAAUCAUGUUUCCUAUGGAAAAAUGACUUCGAAGCGGGAUAAUCAUGUUAUACGUGAGAUUUUCAAUUCCAUUAAUGAGUCAAUGGGUGAUGGUGGGCCACACAUUUGUCCCAACAAGAGUUUGGAGAAAAUACGCAAUUGUACCUCGGAAGCUGAUAUUGUGGAUUAUGGCCUCCAAACGGUAAUGGAAAUGGCUGGUCAGGGUAUUAAGGAGGUGGCCAAUGAAUAUGCUCUGUGCAAUGAUUUGCGUACUGCGGCCUAUAUAUUUUCGAUACAAAAAAUAUUUCGUGCCUUAGAGAGUUCGGGUUUUACACAGCAAUAA